AUGCCGGUAUCUACGCGCCGAUCUACCAUCGGAGCCACCACGGUGGCAGACAACAGCGCCGAAGCUGUGACGGCCAUUCUGAACAACGUAGCCGGUAGCAAAAUGAGCAACUCUGGGCGAAAGCGAAAACGACAGUCAGAGGUCCAUGAUGCCCUCGCCACCACCCCCACCCCAAGCAAACGUGCUACCGUAGAGAUCCCAACCACGGCCGUCCCGACCACCACGCGACAAUCGGGAAGGCUCAAAGCCCGAACCUCGCUUGCGGCUCCUCCCCUACCGCCGAGAGGCGACCCUUUCCUGUUCCCAGCUGCUGAUGAGGACGGGGACGAGGCAGAGUCAGAGCAGGGCACUCGGGCCGAACCAGUGAAAAAGUCGAGGCGAUUAAAGCAGCCAAAACAACCCGAAGAGUCGCCGUUCAAAGGGAGAGGCGUGCUGGAGACCCGGAGCACAGCGCGAGUGAACCUCGACGAUUCUCCCGCACACCAGCCAGCCAGACACGCUCUGCGCAAAGUCGCCAAGUCGCUACAGAGAUCUCGCCGUCCGCCAGCCCGGGAGGAAUCUACGCGACCCCGGACAAGAACAACCGAUGAUGUGCCCUUUCAGGGAGAGGAUAUUCUUGAUGUGGUGCAUAGACAAGGUCGUUCGACCUCGCCGGUGGCUGACCCGGGUCCCAACCUGCCUGCUCCUGUCCCUGCGCCUGCCGCUCGUAAGACUGCAAAUGGAUCUCGGGAUAGGCCACCUCUGACAAGAAUAACGCGUCGGAGAGAGACUGAUGAUCGUGAGGCCACGGCGAGAAGACGAGCCCUCCAGAAGGAGCAGUCCAAAGCUCGAAACCCAUCAGCCCAAGAAAUAGAUCGCUCUCGCAAUGAGGAAUCACCCUCGGAAACCUUUGUCACCAACCAAGGGGAGGUUGAGGAACCCUGGCCCCAUGACUCAAGCGGGAUGAUUGAUGAGGCUCCUGCCGACUUUGUCUCUGCAUCUCAGCGCCCUGAGGCUGAGGCUGAACGAAGACGCAGGGAGCAGGCAGAAGCCGAAGAAGAAGCCAAGCAGCAACAGCGGAUUAAGGAUGCAUUACGAGGCAUUGAAGCAGCGAUCGAAGUGCAGGGAUGUAAGGAUGCGUGGCAAGAUGCCCUUGUCGGAAGAGCUCGGCUUUUGGAAGCGUCUUCACAUGAGCCGACCUCGACUCUGGGUAAGGCGGCGGCGCGGGCCUUGAAGACUCUGACAACAGAGUACAGGAAGCUUGCAAGAUCACCCCCUCCAACACCACAAGAGUCUGCUCAAGUGCUGCAAGAGAACUAUCGUGUAUUGAAAGAAAGAUGCAAGCACAUCCAGGCAUAUCGGAAUCGACCGGACCUGGUCUACGAUCGCGAGAGGGUAAGGAUGGUCCGAGAUGUCUAUGGCCGUCUGAUUCCAGACUCGCUGAAGCUGGACAAAGCUGCACUAAAGACUCUAUUUCAGGACAACCAGCUAAGCCUUGCUGCCUACGAGGAGAUAUACCAGCUGCUUCAGAUCACCAAUCUCCUCGUGGAGACGGCCAACGAGUGGCAGCCGAGACCUAGCCUGGACCACCAGGGAAAGUCCAUCGUCAAGAACGAUAUAGGCCCCAGCAUCACUGAGAUCAUGGAACGAUACCAGGAUGCAAUCGCCGACCAAGAACGAAUCAAGUAUGUCGACGAACUCGAAGCCCGGCAAAAAAUGGAUCUGAAGAAAACCCUCGCUGUUCACCAGCAGAAAAUGGCGGAGAAACUGGCAAGGUAUCGCAAACACAUGCAAACCAUCGCGACUGUCCCGGCCCUUCUUCAACCAAGUUCUCAGCUAGUGGUGGAUAUCGACGACCUGGAUGUGGAUGACCAACCUGCUGUGGACGGUGAUCGGAAUGGGGCGACAGGGGCUCACCGGGACCACGGCACGUUCGCACAACGACCUCGACGGAGAAGAGAGCCCACCGAAGAGAUACCAGCACCGGGCCCGAUCCAGUGGGAGCAGAACGAGAUCAAACUGCUGGUGAAAGGUCUCCAGACGUACCGAACUGCCUCCAGAUUCGAAGACAUUGUCUACGUCUAUGGAGGACCUGGUGGGGGGCUGGAAAAGUAUGACAUGGAUCAGAUCAUGGCACAGGCCAAAUGGCUGAAGCGGAGUAUGGCCAAAAGGCUCCGAGACGAGAAGCACGAUCGGGAUUGGGACUGGCUAAGGAGUGUUCCGGAGUGA